AUGGUGGACAACGAAGGCUUCCACUGGCGAUGUGAUGAGAGCUAUAUCCCCCAGGCUAAUUUGCAACGGACUAUGAGAAGCAUUGGGUCUACAGAGAGAAUCGAUGAAAAGUAUCGUGGCUUUGUGGCAAAUCUCAAUCCAGCCGUCGAUGAAACAAUGGACGUUCUGAAAAUGAUUGCGCCUUUUCGGAUGCACUGCGGUCCCUGGGAAGAUCACCUCGAUCCUGUUGCGCGGAGGCUACUUGGGGAGUCUAUAAGGAGCCGGUCGCGAGUUUCUUGGGAGGACCUAUCAGAGGUACUAAGAUUGGUACUGAGACUGAGGCUGCUUGGAACUAAAAGACCGCUUGGCCUCCAAUUUGGCGAUUUUGGAGACCCGAGUCCUGCGAAUGAAAUGGCGAAGAGAAUUGUUAAUGAACUCAGAGAAGGUUACACAGAGGACGAUAUACCUUCGAAACACUAUGUUAGGCUUAUCGAUGUCUUGCUCUGGGCAGUCCUACUUCAACCGCCCAUGGAAGUGACUGGUAAAGCCCAGGAGAGAGAAGGGCGAUGA